GCAGAGCAGCUGCGGCCGUUCCUGCCGGUGCGCGGGGCUGGGCCGGCGCCGCCCCCGCUCCGGCCUCAGGACGGUGCCCCAGACCCUUUCCCGGGCACGGCCCUGUCCGAGGGGCUCCCCGCAGCCUCCCCUGCGAUCCGCGUGGCGAGUGUGCCCUUCCCGGCCCGGCCGGGUGCCCCGRGGCCGGCUCCCCAGCUGCCCGGCUCGCGGGGCGGCCCCGGCCCUUCUGCCCUGCCCUGACCGGGGGCGGCCGCAGCGCCGAGGUGCGRGACAUGGAUGGGCUGCCGCUGGUCCUGCCCCGUCUUCCCGGGAACACGAGGCUCUUCUGCGGAAGAACAGCCGGGGCUCGGUGGAUGUAGCUGCCUGAAGUUGUCGCUCUCCCCUCCCAUUUUGUGUGACAGCAGGAGUGGGGGGAAUGUGCCUCUCCUACCUCAGCCCGCACCUGCACUUCAUUACAGGAUGUGGAAAGACUCAACCGGUUUUUUUCCUUUCUUCURUGUUUCACACAAAGAAAAGUUUGGAAAAACAUCRUCCUCUGACGCUCAGAAACCUGGAAUUUUUAUCAGUGAGCUAUCUAACGGAAUCUAAGGAAAUUAUAGUUGUAGCUUCCUUGACAUUACUUAUUUGGUGUUUGUACCUCUUUUUCAGUGGCUUUAGAUCAAGAAACACUAUGAGCACAACCCAACGGAAGCGCCGUGGAGGAGCAGUUAAUUCUAGGCAAGCUCGAAAAAGAAGCAGGCUCAUAGCUUCUACUGCAGAAAUGGCUUCAGAAGCAGAGCCAAUAGAACUUGAAGAAAGUGCUGGUGAAGAAGUAGUAGAUCUCACAUGUGAAUCUUCUGAUCCUGUAGUCGUUGAUCUAACUCACAAUGAUUCUGUUGUGAUUGUUGAAGAGAACCAACGACAAAGGAGAAAUCUCAGAUUAAGAAGCCAGCGACAGUCGGACAGCUGUGUAUUGAGCAGCGAUGAUGAAGAUGAAGCAAGAGAUAGCGAUGUGUAUGUGACUGAUAAAGCGUCUCGAGAACUGGGACCACUGGAAGAGGAAACUGCAAGCUCAAAGCCGUCUGGUACUGUUAGCUGUCCCAUUUGCAUGGAUGUCUACUCWGAGAUUGUGCAAAGUGGACGACUGAUUGUGUCAACAAAAUGUGGCCAUGUCUUCUGCAGUCAGUGCCUCCGUGAUUCCCUUAGGAAUGCCAAUUCUUGCCCAACCUGCAGGAAGAAACUCACUCACAGACAAUAUCAUCCCAUUUAUAUAUGAGUACUUUCAUUUCUCAGGACAGACUCAACUGGAUUUUGGGGGAAAAUGUCAUGUUUUCAGUGCUCUGAGGAUGAAAGAGCAGCAGGUUGUGCACCAAUCCAAAUAAAACUGGUUUUUUUGGAGAACAACUUGUAUGUAUCUAGACAGCUUUUUUAUGGUCCAAGUUGCUUCUUGUUAUGUUCCUGGUUAUCAUGUUACAUCAAUGACUGUCUCUAAACUAGACCAGCAGCCUAGACCAGGAAAGAAGCAGUUAAUCCAUUUCCUUCUACUUUUUUUAAUGCUUAAAUGAGGGGGUGUGAAUAUUUUGGUCUUUCUUACUCUAUAAAUUAUUCCUACCAUCACAUACAGGUAUGGAAUAGUUUCCUUCAGAAGACAGAUUAGCAUUUUACAAUUUCAUKACACCUUUUUUUUUAUCCUAUAAGAAGCUCAUGACUCUUGCUUUCUUGCAUAUCAUUUUUCAAAUCAGUCUUAAAUUGACAACAAAGGUUAUGCAAUAAAGUAACCUGCUGUUAACCAGCAGUCAAGUUUUGAGCAGAAGGUUUGAACAUGCAGAUGUUUUUUAUUAAGUCARUGCGAUCCCACAGACAAAUUGCAACAUGUACAAUGUGAAAAUAAUUCCUUGUUUGUUUCAAUGGUCAAGAAUUCCUGUAUUUUAAUCCCAACCCUAAAUUAAUUUUCUAACAUGAUGAGAUGGUCUCUUGGAUUUACUUAUGCUGUAACAGUCUUUCCUAAUAGCUAACAAGAGUAUAGCCUUCCCUAGGUUUCCUAGUGAUGACUGAGAAGCAAAUUCAUCUGUAUGCUGUCCUCUUGUCAGCUGAAUACCAAACUACCUACAGAUCUUCCUACUGUAUAUCAACUGUUCCCAGAGUAAUGCUUUAAGUUCAGUGUGUUCACUUUGCUGUUCUCACUGGUUGUUACACUGACACCUGACUGGAUUGAAAAUAGGAUUGAAAAUUAAAUAACUGUACUGCCAUUAUGGAAUGGAGGCUGUAAAAGGUGUCUGGUAGCAAUCUUGACAGCUUUUUGAGACUGAGGGGUGUCCUUUGCCCUAAGGGGUGUCCAGUUUUCUUUAAAUGCAGUUUUAAAAAAGAAAUCAGAUGUAUCUCCUAGGAGAGGGAAUUCCUCUAGUUGAAAAGGCAGGAAUACAUGAGUUUAUGCACUGUUAUCCAGUCACUUUUUCCCUAGGACUUAGUUGUAAAUGCCUACUUCAGACUUAGAGCUGAAAUGUCCAAGCUGAUCUGGAAUCCAGGRUGAGCUGAUACAGGUUUAUGUAGACAAUAUGAUUAAAAUCAGUGUUUCAUGCUUCACAUGUAGGUGCAUCUAUGAAAAACUCCAGAAUUAAACUUGGACACCUCUUGGCAGUUGUUGGCUUAUAGAAACCAUUAUAAGAACCAUUCCGUGCUCUGGUGCAGCACAACUGCAGGAUGUGUUUGGUUGGCUUUACAUGUGUCUUUGCUAACCUGUCCUUGGGAUCUGUGGGAAGCUUUUAAUGAAAGAAGCUCUUCUAAAUUAACUGUCUCAAGGUCUGUCUUGCAACCCAAAGAGAUUUUUUCUUUAAAUUUUCUUUUUGAUAAUUUUUUUUCAUUAGGAUGUGUCUGGAUAUAGUAAUAGAGACUUGUUAUAUAAAGGCUGGCUCAAGAAAGGCAGUAUCUUCCCCACCCUUGUUUGGACUAGAUUUGGCUUAAUGCUCUUUGCAAGAAUAUGCAGUUUCUGUAUUGUGGCAAUAGGGUGACUCCUACAAAGUUGCACACACAUAGUUCCUCUGUGCUCCCAUGGGUGAGAUAAACUACAAGCAAGGACUAYGGCUGUCUCAGGAUGGUGCAGUGACAGUGAUGGCUGCAUGUGUGUCCCAAAAAGCUGUGAGUUAAUGCUUAAACAUUAAUUGUGUGAAGAGAAGCAGUCCAACGUUAAAACUGCAGAGACACUUAAAGGUCACMGAAACUACUUCCUCCCAGUAGCCUGAAAAAGAAUAUUUUAUGGCUGGUUUUCCUUGGGUGGCUGCUGUGUGAAAGGAACAAUCAGAAGAGGAUUGAAGGGAUUACUACUGCAGAUGAGGGUGAGUCACUUAACCAUGCAUAUUUCACAGUCUACUAGCCAUAGCCUAAAUGAUUUUGCACAGUUCCCUCCAUGUAAAUACCACUUUAGAGUUAGUGUCUCAAUAAAUAGAUCUAAUUGAAAUUUAGAUAUCAUAAAAUAUAAAAUAAAAAAAGGUUCUAGCUUUUGUGUACCCUGUGAAGUGCCACAAAUUUUGUGCAUCCCAAAAUGGAUAUAAAGUUUUAAAAGGCAGGAAAAAUUAGGAAAUUCAUUAUAUGCUUUUUUCUUCAAGGGGGAAAAAAAUCUGAUAUAUUUCAGUUCCAGUAAUGUUUCACAYUGGAAAGAACUCAUACAUAAUGAAAAAAAACUUCAUAUAAUGUAGAUGUCUGUCUUGUUGUAUAUAGUUCAAUUUUUCYUGUAUUUAAUAGUAUUCAAGUCUGUCUGCCAAUCUGUGUUGAACUCUGCUGGUAGGCAGAGGGUUCUCUUAACAGGUGCAAAUAAAAUGAUUGGAUUGAUCAAUUGUACAU